UGUAUUGUGUUUCUAUAUUUAAAUUUAAUUUCUCUAAACAAAAGUUAACUAAUAAAAAUAGAUAUAUGUGUGUCCAAAAUUUUGCAGCAGGUUCUUAUAAAAGUAUCUUCUUUUAGAACCUUGCAAUGGGGAAGUUCUUAUCCCCAUUUUCAAUAAGAAAACAAAAACAAAAAUAUAGAAACAAUCAAGUGCCUGACACUCUCUGUGUUAUAUUUUUGGAAUUUUUGUGACAUCAUUUAGAACAAGAAACCAAAAAAAGUGAGAGAGUUCAAAUUGUUCUAUUCUAUUGAGAAAGACACCAAAAAUACGAAGAGGUGGUGACUGGUGAAGCUUUUUCAAUUCAUAGAAGAAACUAUAACAAAGAAACAAAAAAUAUAAAAAUAGUACACAAUUUUAUUAUUAUUAAUUGGAUUUAUGCAUAUUUAAUUAUGAGUUGUUUGUUUGUUGACCAAAAUAAAGAGAAAAUAAAAACUCUCUUUUUAUACAACGCUAUUCUUCGAUCAAUCCUCUCUGUCCUUCUUGUUAAUUUUUUUUACGCAAUGCUUCUUCCAUUUCUCUCUUCCUCUCUGCUUCUCCGUCUAUCUUCUCCGAUCAUGUCUCCUGAUCCCUUCUCCUUCCUAGCAUCUUCCCCUAAUUAAUGCAACCAAACUUAUCAUUGUUUAUUUAUUCUCAGAGAAUUAAGAUCGAUUUUAUUAGUAACAGAAUAAAACCUUAGGGAAGAGAUAUAUAUGGAGAGUUCGUUAGGUUUCAUGGCUGUUUUCGCCGUCUCAGGAAGCGUGGUGUUCGUUGCAAGUCAAUUCCACAAGCGUCUCCUCUCCGAUUACUUGGACAAGUUCGAACUUGAAAUCCUUCAUUUUGUUUUAGGAUCACCAGACAAUGCGGUGAUAAAGAAGAAGGUGAGAUUCGCGGCGGAUGUGGUGGAGCCUUCCGGGAAUAACAAAGAGUAUCGCCGGAGACACUCCUCCAAGGCUAAAUUCAAUAGGGAAUUGAAGUUGGCGGCAACUAUUUGAAGUUUUUUGUACAGAAUUAGUCAAUAUGUAAACUAUUCAUUGGGUUUUGAGAUUAAAUUUUCAUUACUAAGUUUCUGAUUUUCUUCUCUUAAAACUGAUGAAUAUGUUUUGCAAAUUCCAUAUUUUUACUAUUUUCACUUUUUUUGGGGUUUUGCCUGUUAAUAUUUUGUUUGUGUAAAUACAAAAUGUGAUUGCUAAUUAGUAAUUACUUUUUUUUUU